AUGGAACCUGUCAAGGAGUUCGCGGUCCGCUGCUUGACGGUGCUGGCCCGAUGGCUGUGCCCGGGGGCCGAUGCCGAGGCCGACCGCGCCGCCGCCGGCGACAGCCUGCAUGCGUUCACCCUCCGCCUGAGCAAGCGCCUCGCCGACGGCGUCGGCAGGAGCGGCAACUUGGUCUUCUCGCCGCUGUCCGUCUACGUGGCGCUGUCGCUAUGGGCCAGCGGCGCGCGCGAGCGCACCCUUGCCGAGCUGCUCGGCGUCCUCGGAGCGCCUUCGCUGGACGUCCUCAUCGGGCACGUCUGCACGCUGGCCGAGCAGGCCCUCGCCGACCGGCCUCAGACCGGCGACUCGCGCGUCAGCUUCGCGUGCGGGGUGUGGCACGACAUCACCGCGCCCCUCUGCCCGGCCUACCGCGACGUCGCCACCCAGUGGUACAAGGCCGUCAACUUCCAUCAACAGCCGGAGGAGGCAAGGGAGCGGAUCAACGCAUGGGUGGCAGCGUUGACGAACGACCUCAUCCCCUCCAUGAUCGGCCGGGACGCGCCGUCCAGCCUCACCGACCUGAUGCUCGUCAACGCCAUGUACUUAAAGGGCAAGUGGAACAAGCCAUUCGACGAGGAACGCCAUCUGUUUCACCGCCUCGACCGCACCGCCGUCGACGCGCCCUUCAUGCGCGGCUUCGGCAUGCAUAGAAUCGCUUGCCACAACGGCUUCAAGGUUCUCCAGCUGCGCUACAAGCAACAAGGCCGCCCCUUGCCCGCACAGCUGCAACCGGCACCGAUCUACUCGAUGUGCGUCUUCCUCCCCGACGCGCGCGACGGGCUGCGUUGGUUGGCCGGCCAGAUCGCAUGCGACCCUGGCUUUUUCCGCAAGCACCUGCCGAGGAGCGACGUCGAGGUCGACGACUUCCGGUUGCCUACAUUCAAGGUCAGCUUCGGCAUGACGAUGAACGACAUUCUUCGGGACAUGGGGCUCAAGGAGGCUUUUGAGCCGGGGAAGGCCGACGACGGCGCAGGGGUGAGAAGGAGGCUGGCAUUGCAGCAGGUGAUCCACCGGUCCGUCAUCGAGGUGAACGCGGAAGGCACCGAGGCCGCGGAUGCCACCGUGAUGGUAAAGUGCAGCACGACUGGUGCCCUGCCUUCGCCGCGGCGUGUGGACUUCGUCGCUAACCAUCCUUUUGCCUUCUUUGUGAUUGAGGAGGUUUGUGGUGCGAUCCUCUAUGCGGGUCACGUUGUUGACCCCACGAUCAAGUGA